AUGAUCAUGUCCACCUGCAUCAGCGGUCUACUCUUCUCCACGUUUGCAGGGCAACCCUUGUCGAUUCUUGGAGCAACCGGCCCUUUCUUGGCUUACACCCUCGUUGUCUAUGAUCUGGCUGAUGGCGCUGACAUUGAGUUCAUGCCCUUCUACUUCUGGACAUGCAUGUGGUGCUCCCUCUUCACCAUCCUCUGCGCGGUCUUCGACCUCUGCGCUCUGAUGAAGCAUGUGACGAUGUUCAGUGAAGAUAUCUUCGCUGGACUAAUUUCUCUCAUCUUCAUUAUCGAUGGAGCCCGCCCCCUCAUCGAGAAUUUCUCAGAGAACGUGAUGCCCCUUACCAACGCCAUGUUCGAAAUGCUGCUCUUCCUCCUGACCUUCGGAGUGGCAACAUACUUGUCUCACUUCCGCCGCAAGCCUUGGGCGCUCCGGUCCAUCCGCAAUCUCCUCGCCAACUUUGCAGUGACCAUCGCCCUCGUGCUCGCCUCGGCCGUUGCGGCCAUCUAUUCCGGUGAGACGAACCUCCGGAUGUUGCAG